AUGGGAAUCACCAAUACACAAAUAAACUACCUCAUUUACCGAUACUUACAAGAAUCGGGAUUUUCUCACAGUACUUUUGUUUUCAAAAGUGAGAGUCACCUACCACUCUCUGAAUUCAGAACAGAAAACGUCGAACCUGGCCACCUAAUCAGUUUAAUACAGAAAGGACUCAUAUAUCUGGAAGUCGAGAAACAUUUAUCUUCUGAUGGAUCGAAAAAAGAAUGCACAGCUCCUUUCUCACUGAUAGAACCGCACGUGUGCAAUUACACGUCGAGAAAACAUCAGCGUGACGAAGGCGAGAAUUCAAUCGCACGAAAAGAUCGAAGAAUCUAUCAUAGAGACCAAAAACAAAGAGAAAGUCGGACACGGGAGAUCUUAUCACAGCACGAUCAACAAAUGUUAUCAAAUAGUAUGGAGGAUAUUGAGAUUGAUCGCGAGCCACUUGCUGAGAUUCCAGCAACUAUAACUCGAGGAAAUGGGUCAAUGUCAUUAGACAGCAUUGAGAAUACAACAGAAAAUGACAAAAUUACUCUUACUGGACAUAAAGGAGAAGUAUUUGUCUGCCUUUGGAAUCAUGAAACAGAUAUUUUGGCAUCAGGAGGAAAAGAUGGAACUGUUCUUCUCUGGACGAUACCACCACAAAAGAAUCCAGAAAUUGGCAGCCCCAUUUCAUGCCCAUUUGAUACUGAAAUACCGCAAAAUGGUAAUCAGCAGUCGGACGACCAUCAAGUCACCAAUAUGGAUUGGAAUGUAGAUGGAACUCUUCUGGCUGCAGGAUAUCAUAAUGGAACUAUUCGAAUUUGGACAACUAAAGGCGAAUUAAAAUACGAAUCAAAACCACACACAGCAGUUGUAUUUGGUCUAAGAUGGAAUAAGAGCCAGUCGGAUAUAAAAAAACAAAAUCUUCUUAGCGGGAGUAUUGACGGAACUGUUGGCCUUUGGAAUCCAGCAACAAAUGCAUCACAACAAUUUACUUUACAUUCAGACGUGGUUAAUGAUGUCGAAUGGAAAGAUAGUACCACAUUUACGACUUGUUCCAAAGAUAAAAAAAUAUAUCUAUGUACUACUGAGUCGAAUAGAAAUCCAGUUGUGAAAACAUUUGUGGGACAUCAAGAAGAAAUUAAUGUUAUACGAUGGGAUCCUGUCACAAAUUACCUUGCAUCAGGUUCAGACGAUCGAACAGCAAAAAUAUGGUCGGUAAAAUCACCCACACCACUUCAUACUCUUGAGCACGAAGCUAAAGUUUUCACGGUGAAAUGGUGUCCCGCAUCUGUCGGAUCAAAACAGCCACGUAUAUUGGCUACCGCAUCUUUCGCAGAAUCAGGCGCAACAGCACGACUAUGGGAUGCGAAAACGGGAACAUGUUUACACGCUUUGGGAUUUGAUUGCACCAUUUUUUCCAUGACAUUUACUCCGGAUGGAAAAUACUUGGUGGUUUCUUGUAUAGAUUCUACAGUCACUAUUUUGAGUGUAAAGGACGGCACAGUCGUGAAAACGGUGAGAAAUGCUGGGGGAGUGUAUGAAGUUAGCUGUAAAAUGUAUGAUACUAGGUAUCGUUUCGCGGCCUCUCUUUCAAACGGAACGGUUGUUCUAUUCGAGAUCAACAAGUCAUGA